AUGGCAACAGCAGACCCGCCAGACGGGCAUGCCGGUGAGAGCGGAGGCGGCUCGAUGAUGGAGGACAGCAUGAGGGGACUCUUCGACCUCCCGGAGGACGGCCUGGUGUCCUCCUUGGCCCUGACGCCGGACGGCUGCUACGUGUUCGCUGCCUUCGGCGGGGGAGAGGUGCGCCUGUACGCCCAGGCGCUACGGACCGUCGGUGCCGCCAGCCGGAGCGGGACCAUCGUCGCGCAGAUCAAGUCGAAGGGUAUGUUCAGCAACACGAGGGUCGAGUGCCACGUGGAGGCCAGCGAGGACGGCCGCUUCAUCUUCGCCGGGCUCCUCCGAGGGUCUUCGGAGAUGCUCGCGCUCGACAUCUCGGACCUGCCUAGAUGGCGGACCCUCCCGGCCGGAGAGGAGGCGAGCUUGAAUGCGAGCCGCGUCGACCUGAACCGCCUCAUCCGCACCUACUCCCACUCCGACGGAAAGCUUAAGGGCUUCGGCGCCGCCGCGGUCGUUCGCACCGGCCCGGCCCGCCGGGAGUGGGGCAAGAGGUACCGCCUCUUCUGCGGCCGCGGCAUCAAGAACAUUCACGUCUGGUCUUUCGUCCCGGACUUGGCGAGCGGGGGCGGCGCGGCCGGCGGGAGCGGAGGUGGGGGCGGCGGUGGCGGUCGCGGGAAGAGCAGCCGCGGCGGGGGGCAGUGGACCUGCCUCUACGACACGCACACGAACGGGGCGACGGUGGAGCUCGUGGCGUUCCGAAAUGGCGGCUUGGAGGGCAUCUCAAAGUCGACGGACGCUAACGUUCGAGUGUGGGACCUCAGCAGCGAGGAGAAGCAGACAAAGCCCUCCUUCCGUGACAUCAGCAACUCCAAGGACACAAGGGUCGUGUUCGGGGACUUCGCCUACGGCGGAGCUACGGUGCUGAGUCUUGUCAAGCUUGACGCCCCGCCGGUGGCCAACCGCAUGGAGAUCGGGCGACACCGCCCCGUAGCCUCUGACACCCUCUCAACCGACGAGCGCAUCAUGCACGUUCUUGCUCCUUUCUCAGCAAUCGCUUUUUGUCUUUGGUCUCCAGCGGUCAACACGAUGCGCUUGCAGCCGCUCGAGGGCAUCGGGAUGGAGGAGGAGGACGCCAAGCCGACCGUGGCUCUGAGCCUCGCGGGGGCGAGCGGGCUCCCCGUGCUGAUCAUCGCGGGCGGGAAGGGGAGCGGCGGAGACGCCGCGGUGAGCGGCGAGGAAAGGGACAAGGAGCUGGAGCUGAUGGCGCUCCCCCGGACCGAGAAGCAGCAGCGCGAAGAUUUGCACGUGAAGCGCACGGACACCCUUGGGCGCCCCAUGCUCCCCUGGCCGGAGGGUCGAAGGCUUACGCCGGAAGACAACGAGACGGACGGCGAGGACAGCGCCGCCGCGGACAGCGACAACGAAAGCGGGAACGGAAACCCCGAAGUAGGCGGUGGUAGCAGUAAGCAACAAGGAGAGGGUGGUGGCGUGAGCGUGGGAGAGGAGGCAGGAGGGACGGGGGUUGUCCCCGCGUCGCCGAUGAACCAACAGCGGCAGCCUGCCGCUACAUCCGCCGCCGCCACCGCCGCCACCAUCCUGCCGCCGUCCACCCCGGUACCGCCGGUCACGCCGCAGGGUCCUACUUGGCAAGGGGCAGGAGGAGACAACGCCUUGGGUUGGCGAAGAACAGGGGACUCUGCGGACGCGCAGCAGGCCGGCCGGCCGACGCCCCAGACCUCCAUGUCCGUAUCGCCAUCACCGAUCGGCGCCGGCGUUCAACAGCACCUCUUCUCGUCCCCGGCCGGCUCCACUCCCGGCAGCGGCGGCGGCCGCAAGCGUACGCGCGUCGACGGCGGCGUCGACGGCAAGACCGGCGCUGCCGACGGCGGCGGCGGUGGCGGCGGUCAGCAGGGUGCCCCUAUGAUCCCCGGAGGGCCGUCACCGGGAUCAGCGGGCUCGCGUGGGGGGCGAAGAAAACGGGGCGCCGGAGCGGGGUCUGGAGGGGCCGGGCGGGGUCGGGUGGGUACCGGCGGUGGCGGAGCGACGGCCGCCGGUGGCACGUCGGCGCCCGCGGCAGGAAAGGGCUCUGCUGGGCCUGUUGGCGGCGCUGGCGGGGCCGCUAGCGGCGGCGGGGCCAAGGAAGAUCUCGGCGAGAGGAGGCGGGGCAGCGCUGUGGCAGGACUGGCGGAGCUCGGCUUCGAGGACCAGCGGGACAAGGCGGCUGACGAGGAGGGCGAGCAGGACGAAAGAGAGGCACAGAAUUCCACUCCGACAACGGCAGCGCCGCCAAAGAGAGGGCGGCGAGGAUCGGGAGCAGCGGGAGAAGAAGGUACCUCAACAACUUCCCGCGGCGGCGGCGGCGGCAGCGGCGGCGGCAGGGCUCGGCGCCUUAACUCCUCCUCCGCCUCCGGCGACGCAGACGGGGGAGGCGGAGGAUCGAGAGGAGGCAGCGGCGGCGGCGGCGGCGGGGACCAGCUGCUGCUUAGAGAUCGUCGGUCUAGGAUCGCCGCGCGCACCCUUCGGAGCAGCGGCAGCAUCUUCGACAUGGGGUCCAUCGUCAAGGGGAUAGGCUCGAGCUGGCUGUCCGGAGGCGGGGAGCAGGCGGAGGAGCUGAGGGUGGUGCGCGUCGAGGAGAAGGACGAGCUUGUUGAGCCCCCCGUGGUGCCCCCGGGGCUGGUGGCCUUUCUGGAGACGCGCAGGACGAGGAGGGAUCGGGAGACUACACCGAUCACCCUGGAGCAAGCACGGGCGAGAUACCGAGCGGGGUUGAGGCUACUUCCGCACACGCUGUCGGCCGCGGCGGCGUCUGCUGAUGCCGACGAUGCUAGAAGCAACGAGAGCGGCAGCGAUAGCAGUGACGGCGCCAACGACGACGACAAUUUGUCAGGAGACGAAGAAGAGAGCGGAGGCGGCGGCAACAGCAACGAUAGCGACGGGGGCGGAGCCGAUAAGCCGGCGGCAGCGGAGGUCGUGCCGACGCCGACACCACCGCAACCGGAGCUGGUACCAGCGUCUUCCUCCUCCAGACCCUCGCCGCCCGCAACGGAAGCAUCGGCGGCGGUCGCCGCUCGGGGUAGUACGUCGGCGGUUACGCCAUCGUUGCCUGGCCCCGCCGUGGUGGCUGGAGACGUUGCGGUGGAGACAGAGAGUGCCGGAGGACCGGGAAAAGAUGAGCCCGCGAGCGUUUUGGGGUGUGUGUCGGCUGGAGGCGGAUCGUCGGAAGGCCCUUCGUCGUCGCCGCCGCUGGCUGGCGCUGCCGUCGGAGCUGUCCCAUCGCCGCAAGAAAACGCGGCGCAACAAGGGGUUCUUCCGAUGGGCGGUUCUGCGGACGGCGGCGGUGCUGCUCGUGCCCACGCCGACUCCUCAGCCACGACCGAGCCCGCGGGUGCUCUCGCGUCGACUGGCGAGGGUGCCGCUAGCUUAGGCGGGAGCACCAGUGGCGGCGGCGGCGGCGGCGUGCGUGCGGGAGAUACUUCAACGGCAGCUCCAUCUGUGGCUACUACCACCACGAACAAGGGGCGCUCAGGACCGGCGGAAAGGGUCUCCGGGGCGGCGGAAGCUUCUUCCGCUGCCGGCUCGCUUGGGGCACAAGCGGGAACGUCCGCUCGGGCGACGGCGGCGGCUGACAGCGGGCCCGAGACGACAAACCGGCCGUCCGCCAUGGAAACAUCGCCGCCGGGAACAGCGAGUAACUUUGCGCCUGCUGCCGACGACGCUCUUCCCACGGCUGGUGCGCCACCGCCCGCGGUCGUUGGGGGAUCUGCGAGAUCUACGGUGGUUGGCGUGGCGGGCGGCGCCGAUCCGAUGGACGUCGAGAUUGAGAAUAGAACCAUCGCUGCCGCCGCCGCAACGGUGCAACCCGUCGCCGAGAAGAAUCGAGCGGCACCGGGCAGCGGCGAUGUCGUUGCCAAGGCGGAAGCUUUAGAGGAAAGGAAGGAGCAAGCUACUACAAGGCCGCCGGCGGGCCCUGCUCUGCCGGCGGCAUCGUCUGCGGCGGAAGCGGGGGCAAGCACGGGCGGCGGCGGCGGCGGCGGCGGCGGCGGCGGCGGGGGUUCGGCGAAGAAGGCACCGAAAAAGAGAGCCGGAAAAGCCGGGACGAAGGAAGCGAGGCCGUCGCCACCGAAGGGCCACGACGUGUUCCCGCCGCCGCUGGAGUGCGUGAUCGACAUGGGACGUCAGGAGACGAGGCGGGCGACGACCGAAGGCGAACGACCGUUGGGGCGUCAACAACGGGGCUAUGUACCGGCCGAACAGCCCCAUGACGGCGGCGGCAGCGCGAUCGACCGGCUGUACGGGGACCAGUGCCUGGAGAGGGAGGCCGCCGCCCGGUCGUUCUUCGCCGAGCACGACAACCUCCGGCGGCAGUUCCUGGCGGCGGUGGACCUGGUGGAGCUGGACAAGGCCGUCGAGUCCGAGGGGCUAGAGCUCCGGAGCGGGUGCCGCACGGUCCAGACCCUCAAGAUGCGCCUGAAGACGCGGUGGCGGGAGGGCACCGUCCUUGGCACCAUUUUGGGCGACUCUUGUGGGUCUGGUGGCAACGGCGGCGGCGGCGGCAGCGGCAGCGGCGGCGGCGGUGGCGGUGGCGGGCUGAGCCGGUGCACGAGCAAGGAGGUCCAGCAGGCGACGCUGAGGUGGCAGGAGCAGAUCAGGGCGGUCAUCACCGACCACAAGGAGCUGCUGAGGGAGGUGCUCGGAAGGCAGCGGCUGGAGGCCGGCGCCCUCCAGAUGGCGCAGCAGAUGGAGGUGCCCAAGGGGAAGGCCCCGCCGCUGAGCGUCCGCUUCGCGUUCCCGAACAUGUUUGACGAGGUCGCUCAAAGGCACAAGAUUAAGAUGUGA